AGCGGAACCAGGGAGCCAGAAAAUCGCAUAGAAUAUAUUCGCGAGAGAGCAGCAGAAGUUUGAAAAGAGUAUAAUUUUAGGUGGGGGAUUUUUCGAAGAUGAUCAAAUGGACGAAGCGGUUAAUAGCCGCAUUUGGGGCUUCCUUUCUUUGGUUGAUAUGCUCGAUUUACUUCACUCAGGGUUUCAGGUCGUUUGUCUGGACGGCAAUUUCCUACCAGCUGAAAGAUAAACUUAAAUUGUCGCCAUCAGCAUCUCAAUAUGUAUCUUCUGUAGCAUUUUUCCCAUGGAGCGUUAAACCAUUAUAUGGAAUAUUGUCUGACUGUAUACCAAUUAGAAGAAGAAAACGAAUUCCCUACCUAGUAAUUGCAACUGUGCUCUCUCUAGUUCCGUGGCUUAUUUUAGGCUCAAAUUCAACCUCUAGGGAUUCAAAAUGGCAUCUGAUGAUAUUCUUAACUGUGCAAAACUUGGGCUCAGCCAUGGCAGAUGUUGUGGUUGAUGCAAUGAUAGCGGAGGCCACAAGAUAUGAUCAGGCUUCAUUCGCUGGAGAUCUUCAGUUAAUGUCGUGGAUGGCAAUGGCUUUGGGAGGCAUAUGUGGUAGUUUGUUAGGAGGAUAUGUAUUAUCCAAUUUACAUAUAGAUAUAAUUUUUCUUCUAUUUGCUGUAUUACCAACCUUUCAGUUAAUAUCAUGCCAAUUCGUGGUUGAGAAGCCUAUCGAUGGCAAAAGUUUACAAGAGAAUUCUAUUUCAAGAGUCUCAACUUCAAAUGUCAUUACAUCAGAUGAAGAUAGUCAUUUCAUCAAAAAGUAUACCAGAAGUGUCAAAAGAAGAAAGAAGGGGAAAAAGAAUAGCAAAAGUUGGGCUGUAAGAACCAGAAAAUCAGAUAUCAUUCAAAAAGAUGAUUCCUUGACAUUAAAGCAGUGUCACUCUAUAAAAGCAGCAAUUUAUGAUUUGUGUUGUGCUUUCAGACAGCCGAUGAUAUUAAGACCAAUGUCUUGGUUUUUUCUCGCCCAUGUUAUCAAUCCUGAUCUUUCAACAGUUGUGUUCUACUAUCAAACGGAAGUUCUGAAGUUGCAAGCAUCUUUCCUGGGAACUGCACGUGUGUUUGGAUGGCUUGGACUUAUGUUGGGAACCUUCAUUUACAAUCACCACUUUAAGUACAUGAAAUUAAGAAGAAUUCUCAUGUGUGCUCAUGUUGGUUUGUCCUUGGUGAAUCUUCAGCAAAUCAUUGUGGUCUCUAGGAUAAGCAUUACAUAUGGAAUAUCAGACAAGACUAUGGUACUUUGGGGUUCCGCUCUUGGUGAUGCAAUCAAUCAAUUUAAGUUCAUGCCUUUCCUGAUCUUAUCUGGACAGCUAUGCCCUCCUGGAAUAGAAGGGACUCUAUUUGCUCUCUUCAUGUCAAUAAAUAAUUUAGGGUCAACAUUGGGGUCUUUUGUGGGUGCUGGGUUGGCUUCGGUACUCAACAUUGAUUCACAAUCAUUUGACAAUCUUCUCUUUGGCAUCAUUAUUCAUGCAAUCUGCAAUUUUGUGCCCAUUGGUUUUCUCUUUCUGAUUCCAAAGGAAGCAACAGGGAUAUUGGCAUAGAGUAUGAUUGCCUCAGAGCAAAAUGGGGUUGGCUUUACUCCCUUGAUUUGUUCAAGGUUUAUAUGACAGUUAAAAGUUUUUGCAGAUGUAGGCUUGGAUUUUAGGGGUACACUUACUGAUAUGAUCAGUAUAACACAGUAUACGCGUUGAGAAUUACACUCACUAUAUCAUUGUAAAUGCCCUUGGACAACAGUUUUUGUCAACAAUUCACAUGUAAGAUAGGGAAGCUGGUUGGGGCCCAACUUUAAUAGUCAAGAUAGUGAUAUUUUUUAUUUGCUAGAUCUGCCUCUGGUCAUACUCACAGUUUCAAUCAAGCUUCAAUUUGAGAAGCAAUGUACCUUUGUAUUGA